AUGCAAGGGCAGCAGCUUGAGAAUUUCGUCUCUGCUGACGACAUGGAGAAAGCGAAGGCGGUCUGGGCUCAGGACAUUCAGAGAGAGGCAACCCAAGACCCGAAGUAUGCGAACUGGGUUCGUGAGUUCGGUAUUUACGAAGACAACAGCGGUGUUCUGCGAUGUCGUGGAAGACUGCAGAAUGCGAAACUCACGUUCGGUCAGAUCCACCCAGUUCUACUGCCAGCCAACCACCCGUACACCAGUCUUGUUGUGGUACGUUGCCAUGGAAUUGUUGGCCACAAUGGUGUCAAGGAGACGCUGACAGAAGUACGAAGUCAGCAUUGGAUUGUCCGAGGUCGCCAAGUUGUACGUCGACUUAUCAACCAAUGCACAACCUGCAAGCGACACGAGGGUCCAUCAUACUCUACGCCAGAAGCACAACCGCUACCUCAGUUCCGUACAACCGUGGACUUUCCGUUCACGUACACAGGCGUGGAUUUUGCUGGUCCCCUGUACGUGAAGGAUGGCAAUGAGACCCGCAAGGCUCCGAACGGCAAGACGUUCAAGGCAGCCGCGAAGUCGCUGGAAGGACUGUUCACCGUGGAAGAAGUGGCUAGUCGCUUGGCAGACCACGGCGUACGUUGGACCUUCAAUCUGGAGAAGGCCCCCUGGUGGGGCGGGUUCUUUGAGAGAACGCUGAGAUGUGUCAAGCGUUGUCUCAAGAAGAUCCUACACCUCUCCAAGGUGACGUACGAGGAACUGCUCACAACAUUGCUGGAGAUAGAGGCAAUCUUGAACAGCCGGCCUCUCUCGUAUGUGUCUUCAGAGGACAUGGAAGAACCACUUACUCCAUCCCACCUCAUCUACGGCAGACGAGUGCUGUCCUGCCCCAUGAUUGACCCGGAUGAUGUCGACCUGGCCACCGUGCAACGGGAUGAUGUGUUGCGUCGCCUGGUCCACAUCAAACAGCUGACCGAUCACUUCUGGACAAGGUGGCAAGCAGAGUACUUGCUGGAGCUCCGCAAUGCUCACCGAAAACCAAAGUCUGCAAGUCGCGGAGCCGAAGUUGGCGUGGGAGAUAUUGUGGUCAUACACGAGGAUGGUGUGGCCCGCGGGUUAUGGAAUUUGGCAAGAGUGGAGAAGUUGCUGCCAAGCAAGGAUGGACAAGUCCGCGGAGCAGUCGUGAAACACACCACCAAAGGCGGUCGCGUGACAUGUUUGCGCCGUCCACUGCAACGGUUGUAUCCCGUUGAGUUAGGCGAGCACCGUGAGAGUAACACACCCGAUGACGUCACAUCCGCUGAUUCAGUGGUACCAGCGCCCGUCACUCAGCCAUCUGUACCGGAGCCGAGGGCAUCUAGAGCGGCAGCCACUCGAGCGAACAGUCUGCGGCAGCAGUUGAUCCUGCAAGGCAGAGUAUGACAAUCUGUUAUUUAUGUUCGCUGCUCUCUCUCUCUCUCUCUCUCUCUCUCACACACACACACACACACACACUCCUUUUUUUUGGAUUACGCAUUUGACCAGUAAUACUUGCAAUAUCAUAAGUAUUCGUUGUUGAGCUACAAUACAUGCAUUCGUUCAGCCUUAUGUAUCUCAACGGAGGGAGUGUUAGAUAUUGCAUGCGUCUUCACUCUGUACAUUGACACUUGAUUUGACAGCUGCAUGCAUCUCUUGUAUUUAUGGCUACCGUGUGUUACCGUCGGACAACAUUACGAUUUAUUGUUACAUGUACGUUCUAUGUCAAGUCAACCCUGUUCCCAUUCGUUUUCUAGUUCUAUACUUACUGCCAUGACUUGUCCCGUUUAUGGUUAUACAGUCUUCUUCUUUUCCUGUCUUAUUGCUUUCGUUUACCGGAGACUUCUACGGUAUGUCUAUAUUCGCCUCCACGAUGUCCUUAUCCUGACACUAGCAUUUUCUGCGUCGCGUACGGCUGGUGGGAAUAUCUACUCCAGCCGUCGUGAUGUAGGCGCUUCCUCAUCAUUACUACUUGGAGGACAGUCACGAGUUUGAGUAUCUCUGAUACUAAUGAUAAUGAUUCUUACUGAAGUAUGAGGAGAAUUGUUUCCGAGUGGAAAGACACUG